AUGACUGGAGAAGUGAUUCAAACUAAAGCAAAAGAGUUUCUGCAAAAAAUAUAUGGUGAUGCAAAUUCUGAAUUUAACUUUUCAAUUUGUUGGCUAGAAAGGUUCAAGGCAAGGCAUGAGAUUAAGUCUUAUAGAAGAUUUGGUGAAAGUGGUUCAAUUGUUAUGGAGAAUAUUGAAGAUGUUUUACCUCAAAUAAGAGCUAAAUUGGAAAUUUUUAAUUGGAAGGAUAUCUAUAAUAUGGAUGAAACAGGCUUAUUUUAUCGUUUGCAAGCAAAUCAUUCACUGGCUACAAAGCAAUUAGAAGGACGAAAAAAUGACAAGGAAAGACUUACUGUUGUGCUUUGUUGCAAAGGGAAUGGUUCAGAUAAAGUGCCUCUUUGGGUUAUUGGUAGAAAUGUGUUGCUUAUAGUAGACAAUUGCCCAGCCCAUCCUAAGCCUACAACUAUUGCAAAUUAUUUCCGACAUUGCAAAAUCCAAUUCGAGGAGGAUAUGCCUCUCCAACAAGAAAUUGGUGAUGUUGAAGGCAUUCAUAAAUUAAAAGAAGUAAUUUCUUAUUUACACUAUAGAAAUGUCAUGGAUGUUGAAUGGAUUUUGAAUUAUCCAAGUGAACAUGAACCUUUGAAGGAGUCACCUACGAAUGAAGAAAUUAUUCAAGAAGUAAUGGAUGUGUCAGCUGAUGACGAGCAAUAUCGAGAUGAUAAUAGUGUUUUACCAUAUGUUUCUCCAAUAUAG